GUCACUGAAUACAGAGACCGGACGCAUCACGCGGGAAACGGGUCUUUCUUACAGUUCUGAGUGCAAGCUGCAAUGGGCGACACUUUGGAAUUUAACGAGAUCUACCAGGAGGCGAAAGGAUCCUGGAGUGAUGGUCGACUGCGUUUCGGUAAACAGUCCAUCGUCUACAAAAGUAGUAAGACAGGCAAGGUGGACACCAUCCCUGUCCCCGACCUGUCUCACGCUCAGUGGCGUCGCGUGUGUCUGGGUCAUGGCAUCAAGCUGGCCACCAGCACCGGCCACGUCUUCAAGUACGACGGCUUCAAAGACUCGGACCUGGAGUCGAUUGCAGCCUUCUUCAAGAGCAACUACAAGGUGGAGCUCCAGGAGAAGGACAUGUGUGUGAAGGGCUGGAACUGGGGCACCGCCAAGUUCUCAGGCCCCCUGCUGUCCUUCGACGUGAGCGACAGCCCUGCGUUUGAGAUCCCUCUGUCCAACGUGUCCCAGUGUGCCACCGGUAAGAACGAGGUGACGCUCGAGUUCCACCAGAACGACGAUGCAGAGGUGGCCCUCAUGGAGGUUCGCUUCUACGUGCCGCCCAACACCUCAGAGGACGGUGGCGGCGACCCAGUCGAGGCAUUCGCUCAAAAUGUGCUCUCUAAAGCUGAUGUCAUCCAGGCCACUGGAGAUGCUGUGUGUAUCUUCAAAGAGCUGCAGUGUCUCACUCCCAGGGGCAGGUAUGACAUUCGCAUCUACCCGACGUUCCUGCAUCUUCACGGCAAGACGUUUGAUUACAAGAUCCCCUUUACCACAGUGCUUCGUCUCUUCCUGCUGCCACACAAGGAGCAGAUGUUCUUUGUGAUUAGUUUGGAUCCCCCCAUAAAGCAGGGCCAGACUCGUUAUCAUUUCCUCAUCUUGUUGUUCUCCAAAGACGAGGACAUCAGUCUGACACUGAACAUGAGCGAGGACGAGGUUGAGAAGCGUUUCGAGGGCAAGCUGAGCAAGCACAUGUCCGGCUCGCUGUACGAGGUGGUCAGCAGAGUCAUGAAGGCCCUGGUCAACAGGAAGAUCACCGUGCCCGGAAACUUCCAGGGACACUCUGGUUCCCAGUGCAUUACCUGCUCCUACAAGGCCAGCUCCGGGCUGCUCUACCCUCUGGAGCGAGGCUUCAUCUACGUCCACAAGCCGCCGGUGCACCUGCGAUUCGAGGAGAUCUCCAACGUCAACUUUGCCCGCGGCACCACCACCACCCGCUCCUUCGACUUCGAGAUCGAGACUAAGCAAGGCACACAGUACACAUUCAGCAGCAUCGAGAGAGAAGAGUAUGGCAAGCUGUUUGACUUUGUCAACGCCAAGAAGCUGAACAUCAAGAAUCGUGGCUUUAAAGAGGGCAUGAAGGGCAAAGAUGACAUGAGCGACUCCGAUGAGGACACGCACGACGCGUACCUGGAGCGCAUGAAGGAGGAGGGCAAAAUCCGGGAGGAGGGAGGCAGCGACGACUCGGACGGAGACGAGAGUGACGAGUCCUUCAACCCGGGAGAGGAAGAUGAUGACGUUGCCGAAGAGUAUGACUCCAAGGCUUCAGGAAGUGACAGCGAAGAGGAGAGCGAUGGCAGUGACGAUGACGCCAAGCCCAAGAAGGCCAAGGCCAAGAAGGAGCCGGUUAAGAAGUCCAAGCCGGCCCGGGAGAAGAAGGAGAGGAGGCCACGCAAGGAGAAGAAGGGCAAGGACCCUGACGCCCCCAAGAGGCCAAUGAGUGCCUACAUGCUGUGGCUCAACUCGAGCCGUGAGCGCAUCAAGAGCGAGAACCCCGGCAUCUCAGUCACGGAGAUCUCCAAGAAGGCCGGCGAGAUGUGGAGGCAGAUUGGCAAGGACAAGAAGGAGGAAUGGGACAAGAAGGCGGAGGAGGCCAAGCGGGCGUAUGAGAAGGCCAUGAAGGAGUACAAGGAGAGCGGCGGCGGAGCAGCAGCCUCUUCAUCAUCGUCACCGAGAAAAGAGCCAAAGAAGAAAGCAGGCAAGUCGAGUGACAAGAAGAAAUCGAGUGCAGAGAAGGAGCGAAUCAGCGUAGGAGGCAACGAGAGCUUCAAGAGCCGCGAGUUCAUCUCCUCAGACAGCUCAGACAACGAGUCAGACCGCGGGAAGAAGAGCAGCAAGCGGAAGCAUUCUGAUGAUGAGGAUGAGGAAGAAAUCGCCAGCACUCCACCCAGCUCUGCAGAGUCUGGCUCCGACUAACAUGUACACACACACACACACACACACACACACACACACACACACACGAGACAGAGAAGCAUAUUUGUAUGUGCCGGUGCACAGAGUUAGACGGACCAAUUAUUUCUACUGCCUCACCUGUGUACAUUUCCUGCACAUUAGUUGUGUAGCUGUAGCUCGUUUGACAUUCCAUGCUUAGCUGCCGCCUUGCUCCCAAGCACAUUCCUACGCUCGCAUUUGACGUGAUGAGUAGUUGAGGUGUGCACCAAGUGUCAUCAUGUGUGCUUACGUGUCCCUUUCUGCUCUCAGGUAUUUUGUUUUGUCACCACACACACACACACACACACACACACACACACACACACACACACACACACACACACACACACACACACACACACACACACCCAUGAAUUGGAAUGAGAUUGCAGAGAGCAUAGCAGAAAAGCGCUUUGGGGUAUUUUUGUUUGUUUGUUUUUCCAUAUUGGUAGUUUUUUUCCUCCCCUGAAUCUCGAAUGAGGGCCUGUUGAAAGAUCACGUCGUUUUAUUAUCCUUCUGUAUUGCUUAAUAAAUAAAUGUUUUGUAAUAAAAUUCCUA